AUGGCCCAGUUACAAGUAAUUCUGGACCGGCUCGUUGCUGAGAACUUACAUGGUCCAGUAUCAAGCACCACUACUAUUUCUAACACUUCAGGUGUGUCUUCUACUGUGAAUUACUCGUCGCAACUUCAAAGAAAUCUACUACGGAAACCAGUGUCACAAGGCGACUUAUUUUCCGCCUUUCAUCAACGUGACGAAGAGGAUAUGGACGAUAAUGACCCAAGAUGGCUAAAUCUUUUUAUAGAAUAUUUUCUAGAAAAUAGUGACACUAAGAAUGAUGAUUUAUUAUUUUUCGUUCGGCAAACACAUUCUGAAAGCGAAGAACUAGAUCCGGUUUUUGUUAAACGAAAAUCACCACAGCCACAUAUUAUGCCGCCAUUAGAAGAUGCUGUUUUGUGGAAAGAGACGUUCUUUCUGAACUUAAUAGUGCAGUUGCCAUGUAAAUUAACGGUGGCUGUGUGUACUCGUACAACCACAAGUAAUGAUGAUGCUAGUUCUGACGGAGGAAGCGGAAAUCAAAAAACUAGUAUGACAUGUUCGCGUAAACACGUGUCAAAAAGAGUUUAUGCAUUACCAACAAAACCUCGAAUGGAUGCAAAAGAGACAUCAAUGGAAUGUUCAUAUCCACUAAUUUAUUAUGUAAUUGACGAUUAUGAAGAGAUGUUCGAACAUUUAAUUGUAACCGAGGGAGAAUAUUUAUGCGUGGAAUUGGCGGUGACUAUACCAAGAAAGUCUGACGUCGAGGAAGAUUCGGACGAGGAAGAAAGCGAUGAUGAUUAUUAUUCGCGGAAUAGUCAACGAAAGAAUCGAAGGUCAAUGACAAAUGGGCCGUUCCCGCAGCCAUGCAAUGAUAAUAAAAUUACUUUGUUUCAAGGUGCUGCAUCUUACUCGUCUUUAUUAGAGAUUUAUAAACAGAAAUCGGCUAGUAAAUUAAAUCGGCGAUUUAAAAUGGGACCUGUUACUCCACCCACGGAAUAUGUAAUGAUGCGUGGUCCAGGAGGAAAGGGACAUGCACAGGCUUGUGAACUUUAUUAUUACAUAUUAUUGGAUAGAGUGCUUUUAGAUAAUGAUUUUAAUGACAAUUCUUAUGAUAUAAAGGUUGCAAUAACAGCUACUUCGAUAGAGGAAGAGGUUAAUGAUUCGCCGGAGAUGAAUGAAUCCCCACCAUCUUCACUCCAGAAUGAAUCCCCGCCGUCUUCACUCCAACAAGCUGCAAACUUUUUUCGAGGUCAUAGCAAUACUUGGAAUAUGAAUACUUAUAAUAGAGGAACAUUACGAAGUAAUUCACAAUCACAACAACGCACAAAUACUUCUGCUUCCUUUUUCCAAUCAUUAAAACGACUGUCAUUAGCACAACUUGCGAUAACAGAUCGCUCGCUCACAGAUCCUGAAAGCUUAAAAUGCUGUAUGACAUUUGUUAAUGUUCCUUGGACAAGUAUAGUAAGUGACUUGACAACAUAUGCACGAAAAAAGAAUUUAACAUAA